GAAGCCCCGACUGGUGACGUUGCUGCUGUGCGGAGUGACGAUGGCUUCCACGGAACAGUCUCCGCCGGACCUGACAGAUAAAGAAACCCGGGAGAAGCUGUCGCUCUGGGACCGCCGACCCGACCCAAUGGCCCCUCUGACGGAGAGACAGACGGACUCCGUGCUGGAGAUUCGAGCCGCGGCUGAAAGCCUGUCCAUCCCCUCGGAGCUCCCCAUCGAGGACCUGUGCAGCCUGUCGUCUCGGUCCCUGCCGUCUCCCUCCACUGCCACGGUUCCUGCUUCGACCGAGGACGUCCUGCUGCAGGGCUUCCGCACGCUGGAGAUGGAGAGCGAGAGGAUAGAAACGGCGCAGCAAUUUUUCACCUGGUUCGCCCAGCUACAAACAAACAUGGAGCAGGACGAGAACGCAAAGUACAGGCAAACCAGAGAUGAGCUGAACUGCUACCAGGAGCAGUGUGAUGCCAUUUUGAAAGAUGUCUGUGCGGCUUUGGAUCAGCUGGACUCGCUUCAGAAGCAGUACUUGUUUGUGUCGAACAAAACAGGAACAUUGCACGAAGCCUGUGAGCAGCUCCUGAAGAAACAGGCGGAACUUGUGGACCUGGCUGAGAGCAUCCAGCAGAAGCUGUCCUACUUUAAUGAGCUGGAGAACAUCAACACGAAACUAAACUCGCCUACCUUGUCUGUAAACAGCGAAGGUUUCAUACCCAUGCUUUCCAAACUGGAUGACUGCAUUGAAUAUGUUUCUUCUCACCCCAAUUUCAAGGACUACCCGGUGUAUCUGUCCAAGUUCAAGCAGUGCCUCUCGAAAGCGAUGCACUUCAUGAAGAUUCACAUCGUGAACACCAUGCACAAUCUCACCAGCCAGCUCACGAAAAGGGAUCCGAUGGGUUUGGCCAACGCAGACAACGCCUUCACUUUAUACUACGUCAAGUUCAGAGCUGCUGCUCCUAAAGUCAGAUCUCUCAUUGAACAGAUAGAACAACGGACAGAGAAGAUUCCAGAAUACCAGCAGCUCCUUGAUGAAAUCCACCAGUGCUACUUGGACCAGCGGGAGCAGCUCCUCAGCCCCAGCAUCACGUCCACCAUUACCGAGCUCACCACCCAAAACAGCAAAGACCACUGCGCUCUGGUCCGCAGCGGCUGCGCCUUCAUGGUCCACGUGUGUCAGGAUGAGCACCAACUGUACAACGAGUUCUUCUCCAAGCCCACCGCCAAAUUAGACGAGCUGCUGGAGAAGUUGUGUUUGUCCUUGUACGACGUCCUCCGGCCUCUGAUCAUCCACAUCAUUCACUUGGAGACACUGUCUGAGCUGUGCAGCAUUCUCAAGACUGAGAUGUUGGAGGAUCAUGUUCACAACAAUGCUUGUCAGCUGGGAGCCUUUGAUGCGGUUGUGAAGCAGAUGCUGGAGGAUGUCCAGGAGAGGCUGGUCUACAGGACUCACAUUUACAUCCAGACCGACAUCACAGGGUAUAACCCAGCUCCAGGCGAUCUGGCAUACCCCGAAAAACUGGAGAUGAUGGAGAGAAUUGCUCAGAGCUUGAAGGAAGAGCAGAUGAAACAAACAUCACAAGAAUCCGUGUUUUCUGAUGUUCAGCUGGAGGAUACAGACGCUAGAAGAAACAGUAACGCUGGGAAUGUUGAAGCGCCGCGCCUCCAGACGUCUAUCUCUCCUGCUGAUCUGCACGGCAUGUGGUACCCCACAGUUCGACGAACGCUUGUUUGCCUCUCCAAACUUUACAGAUGCAUAGAUAGAGCGGUCUUCCAGGGUUUAUCGCAAGAAGCCUUAUCCGCCUGCAUCCAGUCUCUGCUUAAAGCCUCUGACAUCAUCCUAAAGAACAAGACGCAAAUAGACGGACAACUCUUCCUGAUCAAGCACCUGCUGAUCAUGCGAGAACAGAUUGCUCCGUUUCACACUGAUUUUGCCAUCAAGGAAAUCUCACUGGACCUGAAGAGGACUCGAGAUGCCGCCUUCAAAAUCCUGAACCCCAAGGCUGUUCCCAAAUUCUUCCGACUGAACAGCCACAAUGCCAUUCUUGAAUUCUUGUUGGAGGGAACGCCGGAGAUAAAGGAGCACUACAUUGACUCGAAGAAAGACGUGGACCGGCACCUGAAGUUCAGCUGUGAGCAGUUCAUCCAGCAGCAGACUCAGAUCUUUGUGGGAAACCUUGAAGAGUUUCUCACCAAGGUUGCUGCUCUGAAAUCCAUGGCCGUCCAGGGGGGUCCGACUUACUCUCUGUCUCAGCAGCCCUGGGCGCAACCAAUCAAGAUCAACGAUAUCGUGACGGCAACCUACCGUGUGAUGAAGAGCAAGCUGCCAAGCACUUUACAGAGCAUGUCCUUGUACUUGGCCAACAGAGACACCGAGUUCAUCCUUUUCAAGCCUGUUCGGAGCAACAUCCAGCAAGUCUUUCAGAGGCUGCACACGUCACUGCAGGAGGAGUACAGCGGCGAAGACCUUCAGAUCAUUGCCUGUCCGUCCAUGGAGCAGAUUAACCUGCUGCUGUCGGUGAAUAAGUAAGGCCAAAUUGGCUCCUUCUGCCCAGGAACAUUUGGAGGAGGCUAAGGUAAUGGAAAUUCGUAGAGCAGACCAAAGAUUGUAGCGUCGGGACUCCAGUAACUGCGCCGCCAAGGUUUGGCUCCCGCGGUCGGUGAAGUGCUCUCGGUUCUCCGGAGACCUGCGCCGCUCGUAAACACAAUUGCGUCUCGGUCGGCGCCGCGUCGUGAAUGAAGAGCUUGCCGUGGCGGAAAACUUGUUCAGACAAGGACACUUGGGCUGAGAAAACACGCCAACUGAAGAGCUGUUCAUCACUCAGGUAGCUAAUGGCCGGUCAAGGAGGCGUCUCCAUUCACGUCCUGCUCUUCCCUGGGCUGAGAUCACUCUUCUUCUCAUGGUUUUGGUCUCUUCCAGUUCGCCAAGCUUCAAGUUGCUCUCAGCCUCAUCGGGUCUCUGCGGUGAAUUUAAAUACCUUUUAUACUUUCUAGACGCGGUACUUUUACUCUGAACUUUUGCACCGACUGUCUGUCUUCUCGUGCUCCAUGUAAAAUACUGUGUACAGUUGUAAUAUUUAUGAAGAUUCUGAUUAAAAAAUGUAAAUGACUGUCUGGUUUAAUGUCGGCUGGCGCUGAUCAAAGCAGGUACCGGAGGAGGGUGGAUGCCAGAACAUGCUGCCGCUUUGGCUUCCUCCUCCUCCUCCUCCUCCAUCUGUGACAGGAGGCUUUGCCGGGGCCUGACCUCCUGUGGUCCAGCAGGCUUCUGAUGGAGGGAUUGUGGGACUGGAUGUUCUGGAGCAGGAUACUUAUCUCAGCACGGCUCUCUGGCUGCACGUGCCGCUCAGGCAUGUCUGGCUGCCCAGGAGUCCCCAGCUGGAGGACGGUGUGUUCGCACUGAAGAGGGGGUGGCUCAACUCCAGGCCUGUGGGCCGCCACCGGCCGCCAGUUUAUUACGCAUGGCCUGCAACGCACUCCAAUCACCCCUGUUUUGAAACGUCCCCCCACAGUGACGGUGUUAGACCCGCGUCUCCACCAGUGUUGUCCUUGUUACGGAGCUUUACAGUUCCCUGAUUGUAUAUUCCGGCUCUUUGUCUUUGUCUCUUAUAUUUGUAUUUGUCUCUUCCACAGUUGCAGUAGUAGCAGUAAACCAAAGCGAGGUACUAGUACUCAAAAUGUAGUACUUCCUGGGCUAAAACAAGACUGAAGAGUAUGAUGAUAUUCUGAGGGCUUUCCUUACUGGUUCAUGAUGAAGGCAACAGUCGCAGAAUCACGGCAUGAUUUGGGUUUUUUAUUCCCACUCCGACUCAGGAAUGUUCCUCAUAUACACUCGCUGUGCUACUCAAGGAGGCAAAUCCAGAUGAAUAAUAGUCCAAUCAUUUUGGAAAUAUACAUUUGCUGUUGAAACUUACCUGGCAUUUAUUUGACUGAUGUUGUCGCCCGACAAGUCAAACAGUUCCGGUCUCUCAGGUCGCCGCCGUUUGAAGUGUUAAAAUAAUAAAUGGUCACUGUCAUUUUACCUUCUGACAAUAACUUUUUAUGCAGCAUCUCUGGGAGAAAUAUUGCUUUGAGAAUCCGGCGUUUCUCCUUGAGGGAAUGACAUUUCCUUUUUAGCAGUGGGCUGCGGCGCGGCGAUAGUGAGCCGUGGCAGCUGCUUGUUCUUUAUGGCCUGAGCCGCAGAUGAAAGUGUCAUGACAAGGAUGAGGAAGGAGGAAAGACAAGUUACUUUAAUAUGUUGAGGAUGUUUGAUGUGAAGGUUCAUAAAAAUUCAGCCGGCGCUCUGUUUGCUGGUGGCGGGAGGCAGAGCGAGAGAAUGGAGCAGGUUAAACUGCGUAACAUUUCAUUUGAGCCACGUUUAAUGACGCAUGCCGAUAACGGACCAGCUUCCGCUUCGGCCUCCGUGGAACAGCCUUCAGUCCGCAGUUGGUUUUAUCAAACUCAUAUUGGAUUUUUAAUCAAUUAUAGCCAUUGCUAAUCAAAUGACCAUCAUUUCCGCACUAUAGAUUGCACCGGAACAUUAGCUGCACCCACUAAAUUUAAGAAGGGAAAUAGAUCUUGCUCACACAUAAGCUGUAGUGGUCCAUAGGCCGCGGAUGCAGCGGUGCUGUCUGUGCCGUAGUAAGGUCAGUGGUGCACCUGGCUUAGAAACGCUCCUCAAAACUAGUUUUGAAAACAGGCUUCGGCAUGGAGACUGACUCCUGAAACAAACUGGGCAGGGUUCUGAACUU